UGAGUGACUCAUAUUUCUCACUGUUUUUUAUUUGUAAAUACAUUUCCAUUAGAUUACAACUCAAAUGUCAUUAAAAUUAUUACAUAACAUAAUAAGUGAUUAUCAGAGAGAUUAAGUCAACAAUAAAUGCAAUCAUUUUAUCAUCUGUUUAAUUAAAUUGUCGAUUAAAUAGGAAAUUGUUUUCAUACCAAAUAUUAAUUGUUUUUUAAAAAACGCCUAGCUAUGUUUUAAUCGAAACUAAAUCUUAAUUUGAAAGAUUAGUUUAAAUUUAUAGUUAUCUUGAGAUUAAACUUCGUGAAGGAAUGGAUAGAAAGUGCGGUGAUAUCGAGGUGGAGGACGUGUAUGAUUUGGCGGCAGAGAUAGGCGACGAGUUCCAGAAGGUGAUCACCGGUCAUGGCUCGGAGUUAGUGAAGCAUUUGAUGCCGAAAGUGAUCCGCGUGUUGGAGCACUUGGAGAUGAUUACGAUCCUGAAGGAGGACUUCGACUCCAAGACGGAUACACUGAAGCACACGAUCUUCGAGUUGGAGAACGACAAGAGGGAGAGGGCUCUCAAUCUCAACAAAUACGAGCUCGAGAUGGAGUCCAUCGAAGAGAACUGGAGGAAGGAGAACCUACAGCUCACCCAAUGUGUCAGUCAAUUGCAACACCAGAAUCUCAGACUCAGUAAUCGUUUGGUGGACAGCCAGCAGACACUCUCGCAGUCGUUGACAGAUCUUCAAAAGAGGGGACAAAUGGAAAUCGAUUCCGAGAUCUUCGCGUUGAAAGAGUCCAUCAGAAGAAGCGAACAAAAAGUGGAAUCAAUUACGAAGGAAAUGGACUCAAAGAACGCUGAGAUUGAAAGACUUUCGGAUCAAUUGGAUGAAGUAAUGCAACAAAACCGAGAUCUGAGGCGACGAGUGAAACACAAUAAGUACCAAAUGCUGCAGUUGUCCGAAGCCAGAGCUGAUCCCAAUUAUAAGGAUCUGAUGGGAAUGUCUGAACACAUUUUGCUCGCUAAUAACGAUGAUCUGGAUAUGUUUGACGAACACAAACCAUUCACAAUGAGCGAACUCCGAAACAUUCUUCUGGAGAGAAAUUAUGUCAAAAAGCGUCUCAAAGAGUUGGAGGAAGAGGUGAUGCGCUUAAAGCCGCCGGAGAUUAAACCCGCAGAAAGUCUGGAGAAUUCAAUACACGAGACCACACUUGAGCUAAACUCGGAUGACCUGGUCGUGGAGGGACCCAUCAAUCGGGAACCGGACGACAAGCUCUUCCCCAGAAAACAGUCACAAAACAAAAUUCUUCGUUUGUAUGUCUUAUUUGAUUUGUAG